AUGUGUUGCAUGUGCGGCGGUCACCCCAGAUGUUCUUGUAUACAAUCUCAUAGUAUAACCGCGCUGCUUAUCACACUCAAGAUCAAAGAGGGGUCCAAUACCUCUUUCGAGAUUGCGACCUAUUUUAUUUUGUCUUCUAGAACGUACAUGUAUUCUUCCAUAGAGUCUCUUCUUGCUGGGGCCCGCUUGGCCCACGAGGUGGUCGCUGAAAGAAUCAAUCUCUACAAGGGGCCCUCACAUGCUGGUGGUGCUAAAUGUCUAGCGAAGCAGUUUGGUCCAGGACAAGUGCCUGAUGGUGUUCCGGAGAACUCAAUUACGAAGUGUCUGCCACUUACUGUCGAAGAUGGCGAGUUGGUAGAUGUUCAGGGAAGAAGAGUAGUUCUCAAGGGAAUAAACGUGGAUGCGGCAAUGAAACUUCCUGUCAAGCCUUUCAUGCCGUCAUAUUUGGGGGAUGCGAGCAAAGCUGACGACUUAUUUUAUGAUGGUGACAAUGUGUCCUUUGUUGGGCGUCCUUUUCCCUUAGAAGAGGCUGAAGAGCAUUUUCGCCGAAUCAAAUCUUGGGGCUUCAACACCAUACGAUACUUGGUGACAUGGGAGGCCUUAGAGCAUGAGGGACCUGGGAAAUAUGACGAGGAAUUUGUGGAUUAUACAAUCGAGGUGUUGCGAAUCAUUCAUAGGGUAGGCGGGCUUUAUGUGUUCUUUGACUGCCACCAGGAUGUGUGGUCACGAUUCUGUGGAGGAUCCGGAGCGCCAAUGUGGACACUAUUUGCUGCUGGCUUGCAACCAAAGCGUAUCUCCGUCACUGGUGCUUCGGUGUUGCACAGUGAUGGCCAGUUUGACGAGAAAUUACGUAGCGAAUCUAGUUGCUACCCCAAAAUGUUGUGGACCUCCAAUUAUAAACGACUUGCACUGUUUACCAUGUUCACGCUCUUUUUUGCAGGAGAAGCUUAUUUCCCCAACUUAAAAAUUAAUGGCACUAACAUCCAACAUUAUCUCCAAGAGCAUCAUUUCAAUGCUUUGAGCUAUUUAUGGCUGGCAGUUGUGAAACGUCUACCACUAUUGCUAGCUAAUGGUACAAUUUUGGGCUUCGAGCUGCUCAAUGAACCUAAUCAAGGGUUGGUAGGGCACCCAAACUUGGACAAAAUUCCUGAUUGUCAGCAUUUACGAAUUGGUACAACUCCUACAGUAUUUGACUGCUUGAAGCUUGGAGUUGGUUUACCUGUUGAGGUUGAUGUGUACAAAAUUGCGAUUACAGGGCCCCAAAAGUGUGGUCGUCAAAUCAUGGACCCUAAGGGUGCCCGAGUUUGGCUCUCUGCACAAGAAAUGAUGGACUGUGAUGAACAUUAUGGUUGGAAACGGUCUGGUUGGCUUCCAGAUACAUGCAUAUACUCCCAAAUUGGUAUUUGGAAUUACAAUGAUGAGAGAAUGGCUCUGUUGGACACUACUAGUCAAGAGCGUCGUUUAGCCUUUGCUUCAAAUGAAUGUCAGCUAUUGAAACCAACUUUUUUCAAUGAUAGUCCCAAAAGGUUUAAGGGUUGUUAUCGCCAAGAUCAAGACUAUGAUGUAGUGGAUACAAAUUUCUUCGUCAAUGUCUGCUUUGUGAACUUUUAUCUAGGCUUCAAAAAGAUGAUACGUGCGCUGGCGCCCGAUGCCUUUGUUCUCAUUCAGCCGCUUGUGUUAGUUAUCCCUCCGAAUUUGAGAGAUGACCCACGUGGAAUUAUUGACAAGAAGACAAUUUAUUGUCCUCAUUAUUAUGACGGUAUGUCUUUGAUGUUUAAAACGUGGAACUAUAGGUUCAACGUCGAUACCUUGGGAAUCAUGCGAGAUAGGUACUCAAAUCCAUUAUUUGGAAUCGUAUUGGGUGAAACAGCAAUUAGGAAUUGUAUCAAAAAGCAGUUUUGUGACAUCACAAAGGAAGGGAAGAAUAUGCUAGGUGAUAUCCCGGUGUUGAUGUCUGAGACUGGAAUGCCAUUCGAUAUGAAUAAUAAGAGAUCUUACAAUAACGGUCGUUUCCGUUGCCAGACCUCAGCUCUCGACGCUUUGGCGAACGCUCUUGAAGGCUCAGACAUGCAUCAUACUUACUGGUGCUAUGCAAGUAUCAACGGUCAUAAAUGGGGAGACCACUGGAAUAACGAAGAUUUCUCUUUUUGGUCCUCUGAUGAUCGAGAUGUGGCAGCUCUAUGUGACACUCAGGACCUGCUCAAAAAGGUAGAGGCAUUAAGUUUCAAGACAAGCUCUACCUUCUCGCGUGAAAGUUAUGGCGGCAGUAGAAUUAGUCCAUCUUCGAGGCAACUCGUGAAGAAUAGACUUCUCUAUCACAAAAAGAGGUUCUUGUCGUCCAUCUUCUGCCCUACAGAUUUGAUCGAGACGCAGGAAUCUGAAUCAGAUGCAAGCUCCUUUUGUUCAGACGAUGCGACAGAGACCACAUCUAUGAUUUCUAAUCAUGGCCCCCGUCGCAUGAAAGAGCAUCACAAGAGUUUUUACGCGUCGCCUGAUGGCGUUCGUGCUGUCAAUGCUGUCAUACGACCUUACAUUAUGACAAGCCCGGGCGUCCGUAAGAAUUCCAACUUCGAUAUAAAGGAGACUGUUUUUGAGCUCACGGUAGGCUUUGACUUCCAGCAAGCAUCAGUUGCGCAGACCAGACCAACGAUCAUUUUUUUGCCUAAAUGGCAUUAUCCGAUCCUCACCUACAACAAUGUAGACGUCACUAAUGGAUUCGUUCAACUCGACUCAGAGAACGAGCAAUUGCAUUGGUUUCUUGAUAUGUCUUCAGAACGCCAUGAACCAAACACAGUCGUUGAGCACACUAUUAUCAUAAGAAGACAUCGACUACAAAAAAGGUCAGAUCCUCCUAUAAUUUGCGGAGGCCAGUGA